ACUAGUUUAGCAUGAAUUGUUUGAAGUAACGUGUCGUAAAAAAAAACGGGACGAAAUUGUUUUUAAAAUUUCUAAAUUUACAGAAACAAAUUGUUAAAAAGAUUUUGUAAAGUAAUUUUUAAUGCAACUUUAUUAACAGAGCUUUGAAAUGAGUGACUCUUUCAAUCCACCAUGUUUGAACACCUGCGAGAUGUAUCCACGUCGGAGGAACACGGAAUUUUAUAGAUCUCCGGAGCCACGAGCCUCGUGCCAAAGCCACCAGGCGGAGCACCCACGAGAUGUGCUGAAUAUAACCCCAGGCCAGAAUCGGGAGGUCGCCCGUCGAUUGCCACGAAUACAGCCGCCAAAUAACUCUGACAGUAAUAUGCUCCGCAAUGGAUAUUUUUCAUAAAUUCAUCAAAAGUUUUAGUUUUAAAAGGCUCUUAAUACAAAUUUGUUAAUAAGAAUACCAGAAACCAAAAAUCAAAAGAAAUGUAAUAAAAUUAAGGAAUACAAAUUAUCAAAAGCCUAUAACUCAGCUUUAUUAUACAACAUAACAAACAUAUAAAAAAAAGGUCGAUAAUUUUUA